UCCACACAGACACACACACAGCAGCAGCAGCAGGGCUGAGCAGCCUCUGGAUCUGGAUGCGGGCAUCCUUGGAUUUCGCUCUCAGCACGGGCCCACAGCACGGAAAACUUAACGGGACAACAAUGGUGCUCGCCUCGGCGGCUGAAUCCGUGGCUGCUGGUCGUUCAGGGGACCGGGAAAUGCGGUCAAUGUGACAUUCACUUGCACGCUGGUGUUCGAGUUUAUUGUUCUGGUCCUGUAGACGCAGAGCGGCGAAACCUGGGAGAGAAAGAUGUUGAGCCGAUUUAUGAGUGGCAGCGUCAGGAAUCUUGAGCGGGAAUACAACUGCACGGUCAGGCUGCUGGACGACACGGAAUAUACGUGCACCAUUCAGCGGGAUGCAAAGGGACAAUAUCUGUUUGACCUCAUCUGCCAUCACCUCAACUUACUGGAAAAAGACUAUUUUGGCAUCAGAUAUGUGGAUCCAGACAAGCAGCGGCACUGGUUGGAGUUCACAAAGUCAAUUGCAAAGCAAAUGAAAUCUCAGCCUCCGUUCACCAUGUGUCUGAGAGUUAAGUUCUACCCUCCUGAUCCUGCUACCCUCAAGGAGGAAAUCACUAGAUAUCUUGUCUUCCUGCAACUCAAGAGAGACCUCUAUCACGGUCGGCUCCUGUGCAAAACCUCGGAUGCGGCUAUGCUGGCUGCCUACAUCCUUCAAGCUGAGAUCGGUGAUUACGACCCUGGGAAGCAUCCUGAAGGUUAUAGCUCUAAGUUCCAGUUCUUUCCUAAACAUUCGGAGAAGUUGGAGCGAAGGAUUGCGGACAUACACAAGACGGAGCUGAUUGGACAGAAACCUGAAACAUCAGAGCGAAAUUUCCUACAGAAAGCUCAGAUGCUGGAGACGUAUGGUGUUGAUCCACAUCCAUGCAAGGAUGUGUCUGGGAACCCUGCUUUUCUUGCCUUCACGCCGUUCGGUUUUGUGGUGCUUCAGGGAAACAAGAGAGUUCAUUUUCUCAAAUGGAACGAGGUGACCAAACUCAAGUUUGAAGGCAAGACUUUUCACAUAUAUGCAAAUCAGAAGGAGGACAAAAAGAUCAUCUUGACAUACUUUGCACCCACACCGGAGGCAUGCAAGCACCUUUGGAAGUGUGGAGUGGAGAAUCAAGCUUUCUAUAAGCUUGAGAAGUCAAGUCAGGUUCGCACUGUGUCCAGCAGCAACCUAUUCUUCAAGGGCAGCCGUUUCCGCUACAGUGGGCGAGUGGCAAAAGAGGUGAUGGAGCAGAGUGCCAAAAUCAAACGCGAACCUCCAGAAAUACACAGGGCUGGCCUCGUGCCUAGCAGAAGUUGUCCAUCCAUCACCCACGGGCCGCGGCUCAGCAGCGUACCGCGCACGCGUCGGAGAGCUGUGCACAUAUCUAUCAUGGAGGGUCUGGAGUCCUUGCGUGACAGUGCCCACUCUACACCGGUGCGUUCAGUGUCCCACGGGGAAUCCUUUAUACCACGCUCCCGGAGCCAGGUCGCAGAUACCAGCGAGGGGAUGGCAGUCAUCUCUGACGAGGCCUACAGCCCCUCUGACAGCGUCCUGCCCACGCCGGUGGCUGAGCACAGCAUGGAACUAGCCGUAUCACGCCAAAUCAAUGGAGCGCCCUGCAGCAUUGAGGAGGAAAAGGAGUCGGAAGCGGGCACCCCUAUGUAUGGGGAACGGGGUGAUUUUGGUGCGGACAGUAGAUCUGCACAGGAGGGCGCAGGGGGGGACUCAGCCCUCAGCGAGGUGGAACAGGUGAAUAAGUUUGUCUUAAGUGUCCUCCGUUUGCUCCUUGUGACCAUUGGACUCCUCUUUGUGUUGCUCCUCCUCCUCAUCAUCCUCACCGAGUCAGACCUUGACAUUGCAUUUUUAACUGAUAUCCGCCAGACCCCCGAAUUUGAGCAGUUCCAUUACGAAUACUUUUGUCCCCUCAGGCGGUGGUUUGCCUGCAAGCUCCGCUGGGUGGGCGGGUUGCUCAUUAACAAGUGAGAGUGAGGUCGUAGAGUCCAUAAACCUGUUCGGGGGUCUGACAAGACGGUUAGGACUCCGGAGUGAUGGAGGGCAGCCUCGUCCCAACCAUGAACCCUGCUUCUCUCAUCCUCCUCCUGCAGACAGACAUACAGCUUGGACCACUCCUGGUAACACCGGGCCAGGAUCUCUCUCCCCCUCCUCCACUUUAAGUUGCCCUCACCCACCCAACCCCCUCCUCGUUUCGCUUACGUUGUUCUUUUUUCCUUUUUUUUUUCUACAAAAGCCAGGACACCUUUUUUCUGCUUUUUUUUUUUUUUUUUAAUUUUAAGCCAUUUCAGGUAUUUUAUUUUUUCAAAUAAAACAAAGGAAAAAAAAUUAAAGAGAAAAGCAAAGAACUAAAGGAUUUUAAACAGUUCCUUUUACCGGAACAGAAGAUGUUUUUUUUGUCGCAACAGAUGAACGUUGCCUUCGUUUCUUAUUUACUGCUUUUAAACACGAUUAGCAGAAGAAGGGGUCGUGAAUGGUGAUCAAGGAUGUUGAUUUUGUCAGUAAAAGAUGGAAGUGAGUCACGUCAGAGUCAAAGGGCCUUCUGCUGUGAACCAUACAUGAGUCAAAGUGGUGUAAUAGCUCUUGAUAUCAAUUCAUCCCCAUCAGAAGUCGGCAGCAGAUUAACCUCAUUAGACAAAACAAAGCAGUUUGAAGGGAAUAAUAGUGAAGGCGUGUGGAAGGGAAAACAGAAAGUGUGGUUAAUGAGGUUUUUUUGGGAAUAUAGAAAUUAUCGAUAGCUUAAGACACAGUUAGACUUCAGUAUACAUUUGUAUACAAGGUUCGCAAGGUUAUUUUCUAACACUUUAUAAGGAUACGGUGAAAUAAGUACCAAUACCUGUAGUGUUAUUUUCCCAGUAGUGUCAGACGUGGUUAGAAAAACGCUCACAAUGAGCAAAGAUUCACUGGCACCAGUAGAUGAUAGUCUAGGUAGAUGUGCAAUGCUGACGUGGUUUUAAUAAUUAAGAACUUUGAAUGUGCUCGUUGGUUCAGUUCUUUUGUUAUUUCUUCAUUUUAAUUUGAUUUGCUUUUUUUUUCAUCACGUUGAAAUUCGAUGAAUUUCAAUGAUUUCUUUGUAUGAAGAAUUCUUGAUUUAUUUUGGUUUCAUAUCAACCUUGCUCUGACUAUAUUAUUAAUAUUGUUAGAAUAAGAGUAAUACUGUACUUUUUGUACAAAUUAGUUUGUUUCCUAAUAUAUAUUGACACGUUUUCCAUGUAUAUUUUAACAGAACUGAAAUGUUAUUUUGUUAUUGAGAUUAAAUUAUACCUUUUUUAGUGCUGUAAGGUCAGAAGCAUUUAUGGAAAGAUGGAAGGAGGUCUAAAAAAGAAAAAAAGAAAAAACAACAAAAAAAAACAAAAAAAAAAACAACAAAAAACAGGGCUUUUAUCCAGAUCCACUCAACACUAAUCAUGCCUCCCAUCACUCCACCAGCAGAGUGUGUGUAACUUUAAUGACCAUUUAGAUUGAAUUAAAUCUGGAAUGUCAUUGUACCACCAAUACUAAAUAAUUCAAAAACAUAUGUCCGACUUUCAUAACUUUAUCAUAUCUUAAUUUACUUGAAGAAUUGGAGAGGUGACGGAGCCUGACUGACUGGAUCUACGUUAAAGGGGACCUGUUAGGCUUUUCUCUUUUUUUUUUUUGAUAUUUAAAUAUAUAUAUGCUGGAUUCUCAUGUUUAAGAUAGUUGAGUAUACAAAUGUGCAAAUAAUCCAUGUGAGACAGAAGCUCAGGCUUCAGGCUGCUGACAGUUUGAUUUUUUGUUUUGUUUUGUUUUUUUUGGACCCUUGGACCUGCAUGAUGUCAGUAAGAGCGGAUGUCCCUAAUAUGGUCAUGUUUAGGCACACAGUGCUGGUUGUGUGCGCACAUAACCACCACUCACCUGAUGGAGUGGAGGAGCUAAAAUGGCUCAUUUCAGACAGAAGAUAAGCUGAAGGGCUGCACUAAAGCACAGAAUGAGGUAAACAAUAAUUAUUUUAAGCUGUUUUUCAUGCAAAGCUACUCUUAAGGAUAUAAAAGGUCCUCUUAAAAAAACAAACACACAAAGUAAUUUGACAUUCUUAAAAAUUUAACAUUUAAAAAAAAAAACUGGGAGACUGUUUUGAUAAAUGAAUAUUGCAUAAAAUUAGCUACUAUUAAUGCAAUAAUUAUCUUUUCUCUGCAUUUAUAAAUACAGUAUCUGUUGGUCAGAUUAAGGAAAAUCACACUGAAACAAUAAUUUAAUCUAGAAUUAACUAAUGUGAAACCAGAAAUCUCGACUUUGGUGGAGACAGACUGCAUACAGGAAUCUUUUCUUUAUCUGGAGGUUUAUAUCAGAUAACAUCUGCCCCUUGGUGUCUUGGUCAUGCUUGAGGCUCUUCUGUCUCACAGCUCAAGGGAGCAAUAACUGUCGUGGCUGCUGGAUUCUGGUUAAAAUUGGGGGGGUUGUAUUGCGUGUCUACCUCCUGCACCGAGUGCAGGUGUAUGUGUUAGUGUGUCAUUAUGUAGGAGUGGAAGCAAGAUUCGUGGUGAUGGAGUGGAGGCUUGGACAGACUAAAGCAGAGAAGGAGGAGAAGUGAGAGGGGUGACCAGAAAGAGAUGUAGAGAAGUUCUGAAGGAUUAAUUACCAUGUAAAUUCGAAAUUGAAGGCUGAUCAACGGCUGUACAGGGUUAAUGUUUUCUUUUCUUCUUUAUUUUCUUUUUUUUUUUUUUUAAACACCCCCUCCUGCAGCUGCUCCACUAAAGGCUUGAUGGUGCUACUUGAUUUGUUUGCUCCUGUGUAAUCUGAGCAUAUAAGUCCUCGGCUACGGCCUGACUGCAGACAGAGUAGCUUGCACGCUGGCAUUGUGGCUGGAUCCACUCCUUUGGCUAAUUGUCUUUCACAGGCCAUAGUUAUCUCUGGUGGAGGUAACAGCACUGACAUUUCUCAGCACAAUGCUAAAAGGAAACAUGGAAUCAAUACAGCAACACUAGCAAGAAAUCUGUUGAUGUAGGAGCUUAUUUAUGUGAAGAAAAGAAAAAAAAAAGCACAUUUUUUCCUACCAGGGGGUGGAGCGGGGCGGGUGGGUUGACUUUUUUUGUGUACUUUCAUACUUCAUAUUUAUUACUUUUUCACUGAGGUCAGUAUGACCCUUUAGUCCAGCCAGGCUGCAUUGUUGUAGACAUCUCUUUUUAAAAGUGUUCCUUUUACAUCUUUCAGCAUUAUGUAGCUUAAGCGGUCUCUCUGAACAUGCAACAAUUAAAAAAAAAAAAAAAAAAAAAGAAGAAGGCAGCAUUAUUCAUGAAGCAAUAAACAGCUGUAAGAGCAAAAAGUAUGAAAAACAUGUAUACUAAGAUCUAAUGAUGACUAAUGUUUGAUGAGUCAAAUUUAUUCCCCCAAUUUGCUGUUGUGCUCACUCGAACAACAAUGCUUGGACUCAAACGCUUAGACGCUCAGUUACCUUUGCAAUCAGUAAUCAGUUUCUAAAAUGGCAUUUUCUUUAGAGACCUCUUGUGUGGAUGUUUGUUCUGCUGUUUUCUGUUGUUUCACUGUUAAGCAAAACAUUGCUCCCUGUGCCUGGAUCCUCACUCUGCAGUUUACCAAAGUGGCAAAGAUGAAGGAAUGGAGACAGAGAGGCGCAACAUCUCUUUCGGCUACAGACUUCUCCAUCCUUAAAUCUCCCAAACCAAGAGGGGAAAAACACUUUCAGCUCUGUCUUAGACUCUAGUGUUCAACAGGCAGGCAAAACUCUUUGCAAGCCUGUUUCCUGUGACAAACUUGACAUUACAUUGCAGUCGCGGUGCCACGUUUACAUUUUCUGCAGUUACUUUACUUCAUGGGAGAUGACAAGAAGCGACAUUGUUGAAAUCUGUCAUUUAUGGUUCAUAAGGAAAAUUGGCUUGUUUGUACUUUUUGAAAAAAAAAUGUGGUUGCAGUGGAAGAUGAAACAUGAAUUUUAGUAAAAGUAAAAUAUACGUGAUGAGAAUUAACCCAGUAACAGAAGCUGCAUGGAUUUAAAAUGCAAUUUCAUAUGACAGCCAACCACCAGAUUUCUGUAAACCUUUGAUCGAUUGUUAUGAAGGCUGUAACAAAAAGAUCUUAAGUUUCAUGCCUGAGGUUGCUUUUUUUUAAUUCUACUGGACUGCACUUUACUGUGACGUGUUAUGUUGUCUACAUAUCUGAGUCAUUAUUAGCUAAAACAGCUAAAAAAAUAUAUCAGAAUUUAAGAUUUCUGUUGCAAUCACAUAAACCAACUUACCUGACCACAAUUAGGUGGUUUGUUCUUAAUUGGCUUGAUUUCCUUCCUGGCCAGAGCCCCUGUCACAUUGUGAAUGGUGCUUUUCGCACCAAGGGUUUAAUGAAACGAACCCAAGACGGCUUGCUCUGCUUUUUGCCCUUUGCUCGCUCCCAGUACAGACCUUCACACAACUGUGCAUACACGUCAAUGAGUGUAUAUGCAUAUCCAUGUCUGGUGGCGUGUUCUCUAGUCUGCCUCAUUCUAUCCUCAGAUCAGAGAUUGCUGUUUAAUUAUGUUAAAUAUACAAGUAUAUAUACAUAUCUAUAUAUAUAUAUAUCCAUGUGCCAAAUCCAGUUCUUGUUCAGUCUGAUCCAUUCCAAAACCAAUGUUUGUACUGUAGGUAACCUUCUGUACAAGUCAGUAUAAAAUAUUGUUUCUCUCCAAUAGUCCCUUGUAACUGGUGCCAUUAAAUAAGACACUUCAAACUUGAAAUAAAUGUUCAAAACAGAUGCA